UGUUAUGUCUCAGACUCCGCGAGCGCCUGGAUAGAGCGAGACCUACGGAGAGGGUACCGGAUUCUGCGCUUUCACCCCCCCUCCCCCAAAAACAGCAGAUUCUUUCGCCGGGCUUCUCUUCCCAACCGUUUCCCGUCAUUCCCGAUUCUUUACAUUUGGUGGUUCGCAGCCCCUCCGGACGCCGCUGUCGUUUGAAUAAGCCUAUACACUUUCAUUUUCCGCCCCGUUCAUCACUCUAAAAUCACAGCGGCGGUGUCUUUGGAAUUUACCGACGUCUGGGGAGCGUGUGGAUGAGCUGCGUUAGAAGAAAUCGGAGAUGGAAUUGCUGAUAAUAUGCCUUUCCUUUGGGAUAUUGCAGUGCAAUUCUGUAGGAGCGGACUCCAUCAUUCAUAUCGGUGCCAUUUUCGAAGAGAAUGCCGCGAGGGAUGACGAGGUGUUCCAGCUGGCCAUCUCUGACCUCAGCCUCAACGAUGACAUUUUGCAGAGUGAGAAAAUCACCCACUCCAUAAAGUUUAUUGAGCCCAACAAUCCUUUCCAGGCGGUCCAGGAAGCCUGCGAGCUGAUGACUCAGGGCAUCCUAGCCCUGGUGACGUCCACAGGCUGUGCCUCAGCGAGCGCGCUGCAGUCGCUGACCGAUGCCAUGCACAUCCCUCACCUGUAUGUGCAGCGCAGCGGCGGGGGGUCCCCACGCACUGCCUGCCGUCUCAACCCCAGCCCCGAGGGCGAGCGCUACACGCUGGCCGCCCGGCCGCCGGUGCGCCUCAGCGACGUGGCACUCGCUCUGGUUGGGGAGCUGCGCUGGCGAAAGUUCAUCGUCUUCUAUGACAGCGAUUACGACAUCCGCGGCCUGCAGGGCUUCCUGGACCAGACGGCGCGGCAGGGCCUGGACGUGUCGCUACAGCGCGUUGACCGGAACAUCAGCGGCGUCUUCUCCAGCCUCUUCAGCAGCAUGCGUACCGAGGAGCUCAACCGCUACCGGGACACUCUGCGGCGAGCCAUCCUGCUACUGAGCCCACGCGGGGCCCACGUCUUCGUCCACCAGGCUGUAGAAACGAACCUGGCCUCCAAGGACAGCCACUGGGUGUUUGUGAACGAGGAAAUCAGUGACACGGAAAUCAUGGAGCUGGCCCACAGUGCCUUGGGAAGGAUGACGGUUAUCCGUCAGAUUUUCCCACUGUGGAAAGACAGCAGUGUGAACUGCAUGAGGAACAGCCAUCGCAUUUCGUCCCUGCUCUGUGACCCUCAGGAGGGCUACCUGCAAUCACUAGAGGUGUCCAACCUGUACCUGUACGACAGCGUUCUGAUGCUGGCUAACGCCUUCUACAGGAAGCUGGAGGACAGAAAGUGGCACAGCAUGGCCAGUCUGAACUGCAUACGGAAGUCAACCAAGCCAUGGAAUGGGGGAUGGUCCAUGCUGGAAACCAUCCAGAAGGGGCGCAUCACCGGACUCACUGGAGCGAUGGACUUCAUGGCGAACGGAUCCAACUCGCAUGUCCAGUUCGAGAUUUUGGGCACCAGUUUCAGUGAGACCUUUGGAAAAGACAUAAAACGAUUAGCCACGUGGGACUCCGUUCAUGGCCUUAAUGGCAGCCUCAAGGAGAGCCGCAUUGAGAACGGCAUGCAGGGCGUGAUGGUGAAAGUAGUGACCCUGCUGGAGGAUCCAUUCGUCAUGGUGGCAGAGAACAUUCUCGGGCAGCCCAAAAAGUACAAAGGCUUCUCCAUCGAUGUCCUCGAUGCCUUGGCCAAGAUCCUUGGAUUCAAAUAUGACAUCUACCAGGUGGCAGACAGCAAGUAUGGCUCUCAGCUUCCCAACGGUUCAUGGAACGGCAUGAUUGGGGAUCUCAUCAACAAGCGGGCUGACGUGGCCAUGUCAGCCAUCACCAUCACGCCCGAGCGGGAGAACGUGGUGGACUUCAGCAAGCGCUACAUGGACUACUCGGUGGGGAUCCUUAUGCGCAAGCCUGAGGAGAAGAUCAACAUCUUCUCGCUGUUCGCGCCCUUUGACCUCACCGUGUGGGCCUGCAUCGCCGCGGCCAUCCCCGUGGUCGGUGUGCUGAUUUUCCUGCUGACCCGGAUGCAGUCUCUGCGCUCUCAGAACCCCCCAGGACCCCAUCAGUCGCAACCUGUGACCAGCACCUUGCACAGUGCCAUAUGGAUCGUGUAUGGUGCCUUCAUGCAACAAGGUGGAGACUCACCUGUGGGCUCCGUGGCCUUGCGGAUCGUGAUGGGCAGCUGGUGGCUGUUCACCCUAAUCGUAUGCUCCUCUUACACGGCCAACCUGGCGGCCUACCUCACUGUCUCGCGCAUGGACAACUCCAUACGGACCUUUCAGGACCUGGCGAGGCAGGUGGACUUGGACUACGGCACGGUGCGGGACUCGGCCGUGUACGACUACUUCCGGGCCAAGGGGACGAAUCCUCUGGAGCAGGACAGCACUUACGCAGAGCUCUGGAGAACCAUCAGCAAGAAUGACGGGCAGGACCACUCUGUGUCCAGCCCCUCCGAGGGCAUCCGCAAGGCCAAGAAGGGCCCGUAUGCCUUCCUGUGGGACAUGGCGGUGGUGGAGUAUGCGGCGUUGACAGAUGACGAUUGCACCGUCACUGUGUCGGGCGGAGGCGUGAGCAGUAAGGGCUACGGCCUCGCCCUGCAGCACGGGAGCCCCUACAGAGACCUCUUCUCCCAGAAGAUCCUGGAGCUGCAAGAGAAGGGCGACCUGGACGUGCUGAAGCAGAAGUGGUGGCCACGCUCGGGCCGCUGCGACCUGAGCGGCCGCCGGGGGGCGCCGCCCGACGGCCGCUCGCUCAAGCUGCACAGCUUCGCGGGGGUCUUCUGCGUCCUGGCCGCCGGCCUGGUGCUCGCCUGCUUGGUGGCUGCUCUGGAGAUGUGGUGGAGCGGCAACCGCUGCCGACAAGAGCAGUCCAAAGAGGUUACUAAGGAUUACAGAGGGGCAAGGGUGUCAGAUCCAUUGAGAUAUAAUGAUAUUGCUACUGCGUCAGCGGAGGGGAGCAAGAACAUUUGGACAGAGAGAGAGAGAGACUGGGAUGAAGCAGAGGCUAUUGACACAGGACAGGGAGGUGAACCUGGAGCAGGUGCGUCCGCGUAUGAACAGUCUUAUGGACGAGGACAUGGCGCACAAGCAGAUCACCGGCCACUCUAUCGAGACCUCUGCCCUGGACAUCGCCGGCAUGCAAGCCAGCCAGCCUCGGGAAGCUGGCCGAGAUUUCCCGGGCGUGGCGGCGCUGUCUGUGAGCACGUUUCUCCCCGAGCAGACCCAUGGGGUGGGCCGGGCCCUGGCGCCGGGGCCCGGCAGCGCCCUGCCCUUACCUCUCAGCCUAUGUCCCAUGCCAUCCAUCCAGUGCAAACACAGGGCUCCCAACGGGGGGCUCUUCCGGCAGAGCCCCGGCAAGAUGCCCAUGCCAACGUCCUAUCUGCCAGUACCGGGAGGACCCAUCCCAGAAGCCACUGAGCCCACGCACAGCACGUCCAUCUGAGGCUGCCCGCCAGGCGAGGGACCCCUUUUGCCAGAGGGGUGCAGGGACGAACGAGGGGACAAACAAGGGAAGAGGCGACUGGACCGGCCGGAGUGAACCAUGUAAAAACAAAAUGCAAGGAUGGAUUGAGGAGUAAGAGAUUUUUAAUAAAGAUACAAAAUGAAAACAUCCCUUUUCUUGUAAAUAUUUGUAAAUAAUGAAAGAGCGAAGUGAGUAAAAGUGUAUUUUGAAUAUUCUCAAUUUUUGAAGUUGAGUUAUAAAAACAAAAUGAAAACAAAAAAAAAAGAGAAACUAUUAAAAAAGACUCAAGGAUGACUGUUUGAAUGGCUUUGUACAUUUUGUUCUCUAUGGAUAAAGACGCAAAUUCAUUGUGAUUGUUUUCUAAGUGCCGAAAUAAAAGAUGUCUCUCUACCCUUUGGUACUAGAUUAUCAGACACUUCUGUAUGGAUUAUCAGACAUUUCUGUAUGGAAAUCAUGAUGAAUAUUAAUAAUUUUGCACCCUUUUUAUGGUUCCAGACAUUCUUUGGUCUCAAAGUGCACUGUGUCCAUUUGGAUGUUCCGCUGUUUAAUUUUGCUGUCUGCUUCUCUUGUAUGUCUAAUUUUGCUGUCUUUUAAGCGUCUUGCGUUAGCACCAGGCCUGCGAUAUGCCCGUUCAUGUGAGGUAUUCAACAUAAACAUUUUGGAAUGGUAGCAGGGCCAUGGGACUCACUCUUGAAGUCCUUGCUGGAUACGCGUUAACGCUGAAUUGUCCGGUGAGCCUGCAAUUCUUUGAGCACAAGAAUCCUUAAGGAGAACGUGGGAUAUCCACAUCACACGGUCACAUUUUCUAACUCAUAUUUACCAGUGUUGGGCUGCUGGAACAGUUUUGUGAUGGAUAGUGAUACAAUGGAAGUUUUGUUUCUUUUUUUCAUAAUUUCUUGAUGAAUUACAUGAUGAUAUAAUGUGUAACAUAUAGAGAUAAUUCCCUUUACAGAGUAAACUGCAAAUAAAUUAUAUGGUUUUAUUGUUCAAGAAUAUAAGAACACUGUAGAAACAGUCAUGUAAUGUACAAAAGGUAUGAAAAAUACAUACUGUGACUAUUUUUUAACAGAAAAAAAAAUACAAUCGUGCAAAGAAAAUUAUGAUUGUAUCUUUAUGAAGUAAGUCACUGUAUUUUUUAUGAGGGAGAUUGUGUUUCUUUGAUGGAAUUAUAAUGAGAUAUUUCUUCACAAAAUGACAGGUUCUGCCCCUAACGAUAUAAUUAUUUCCAUUACAUGAUACGAGAUCUUGCUGGCUAAAUUACUAUAUCGGUAGAAAAAGAUAUUUUUUUCACUAAAUUUUCAAUUGUGCAGUCACGAAUAUUCUUUGUGUUUUCUAUUCUGUCUUUUUUUUUUUGUUGCUUUUUUAACUUUACCCAACGUGACCACCUCAGGCUGUGAAUGAGUGCGUGUUACAUUUCAGCCGCAGUUGACCAUGCCCGCCUAGUGCUAUCCAGCCAAUAAUCAGGCUAGCUGCCUGGCUGACAGACCAAACACCCUACACCAGCUCCACAUAGAAGGGUUUGUCUCUAGGAGGUCCACCAAGCAAUCCCUAACAUUUUACUCAUCUUUUCCAAAUUGCCAGUUGCAGGACGCUCCUUUUAGAAAGCAGGUAACAUAUCAGCAGGUUCUAUGGGAGGAGGGGAGGGAUUGUGACAUCAGCAAGCUCCACCUAUGCUUUCUUGCCAAUCACAGUCGUAGCCUGUAUGUUUUGUACGAGUCUAAGUAGUUUCUAAUGUGAACCAAAGUGAAUAUCAUAUUACACUGUGUAAUGCAGCUUGUGGCUCUGAGACGCUGUUAGUGGAAGUGUGGAAGAACUUUACAGUACAGCCUUGCGGGCUCUCAUCGCCUUACACACACACACACACACACACACACACACACACACACACACACACACACAUCCCUCCCCUUCCCAACUUCAGAAAAGGGUGAUAUAAAAUUUAAAAUAUUUAUAAAAUAAAAAAUAAAUUAAAAAAGCAAAGUCUAUCAUAGUGUAGUCUGUAACAUUACACCUGAGGGAGACUCUUAUUUUGUUUAUGAAUAUGCUGCUUGGA